UUAAAAUUUAAAUGCCAUUCAUGCAACAGAGGUCGAAUAAGGAUUCUCUCACUAUAAUUCCACGUGAUUCUACCCGAAUAUAAACAAACCCCUCUGAGAGUUCGUAACAAUAUUCACAGAAGAAGAGGACGUCGGAGACAAAAGAAACAAUGUCCCUCUCGCUCGCCUGCGCUCUGGUAGUGGUGGGUGUUAUUGCCACCUGUUUUUGUGAACCGAUCAACUUCAAAAAAUGUGAUGGAUCACCAGACAUAAAAACAGUUGAUAUCACACCUUGUAAGGAACAACCCUGUAAAUUCUACCAUGGAAUGAACGUCACAGUGUCUGUAACAUUUUUAUCAGUCAAAAGCUCUGUUGGGCUUACAGCUGAAAUCUAUGGAAUUCUUGCGGGAGUGCCAGUCAAAUUUAACAUGCCUAAUUCAAACGGAUGCAGAUCCAGCAAUAUCACCUGUCCGAUCAAAAACGGCGACCAAUACACCUACAGUGGAGUGUUCAAUGUUCUGAAAACCUACCCAAAUAUACGUCUUACAGUGCAGUGGGAUUUAAAGGCAGACGACAACAGUUACUUAUUUUGUUUCGUGUUUCCAAUGGAAAUUGAUAAAUGACUGUUCCUCAUAAAAACUGAGAUUGACUGAAUCCAUGUUUGCUCAUUUUAUCACAUUCACAAUAAAUUCACUUCAGCAUACUUAA